AUGGCAUCAGCUUCGAUACAGUCAAAAUAUUAUGAAGGCACCAAAAAUAACUCGGACAAUUUGCAACUUUUUGUUUCCAUGCCACCCGUUCGCCCAACCUACCUGGAAACCCACGAUGGUGGCUGUGCGAGGCGAGGGGACGAAAAAUCCCCCCCUCUUUUCGCCAAUCUCGCCGUUGCCGAGAAAUCGCGAUAA